CGCCCGCCAGUCGUCCGCCCGCCAGGACCUCACCGAUGAUGACUUAAAUUAUUUUAAUAAAAUCUCAAGAUUUUUUUCUUUUCUCCAAAAGACUGUAGUGCGUUGUGUCGUGUAGUGUUUUAUUUUUACAAUUAUUUAGAUAUUUAAUUGGACUUUCCUGUGUUUAUCCUGUUUUGUUUUUUCGGUACUCGCGGUCGAGUGGAGCAGAAAAGUUUAUAAAGAUACUGGUCACGCAUCUGACACCUUACGUGAAGGUUAUACACGAAAAAUCGUUGAACGAAUCGUUGAAAUUGCCAAGAUCCCCACACAUGUCACACUAGCCUCCAAGAUGGUCGACACACAACACUUCUGCCUGCGGUGGAACAACUACCAGAGCAGCAUUACCUCUGCGUUCGAGAACCUUCGAGACGAUGAGGACUUCGUCGACGUUACCCUCGCCUGCGACGGGAAAUGCCUCAAAGCGCACAGAGUCGUCUUGUCAGCGUGCAGUCCUUACUUUAGAGAGCUGUUAAAAUCGACGCCAUGCAAGCACCCAGUGAUCGUGCUGCAAGACGUGGCAUUCACAGACCUCCACGCCCUGGUGGAGUUCAUCUACCACGGCGAGGUCAACGUGCACCAGCGCAGCCUCUCCUCAUUCCUGAAGACGGCUGAGGUCCUCCGCGUUUCCGGCCUCACACAGAACGACGAUGCACAAGGACCGCUGGUGCAGAGCCUCGCCCGCGCGGCCGCCGCCGCCGCGUCGUCCCCGCACACCCCGCCGCAGCCCGCGCACACCCCGCACACGCCCAGCUACACCGAGAAGCUCGAGGAAGCUCUCAUGUCUCACCAACCACCCACAAACCUCCAGCCUAUGCGCCGUAUCCCGAUCCCGCCGCGGCGCAUGAGCCGUUCAGCAGACAACUCCCCUGACGUCAUCAAACGCGUCCGCCACGACAACAACAAUACUGAACAGCCGCAGAUCCACGCAACAGACUUCUCUACCAAGAACCACUCUAUGAUGAACAACUCGCGCCAUGAAGGCGGUAAUAACGGGAAUGGUAUCUCUAACAGCAGCUCGUCACCGUCUCCAAGGCUCAUGGAUGAAGUCAAGAAUGAGCCCCUGGACAUGAUAUGCGGGUCAAACGCCGACAUUGACAGGAGCACCGAUGACACGCCCCCACACUCCCACAGGCCAAUUGGAGGCGGGCCGCCCUCACACAGCUCUGCAGAGGCCGAAGACCGCACGCCACCGCCGCAGCUACCACCGUCGCCAUUCAUACAACCAGCUGACACAAAACUAUUCGCUCCAUCUAACACUUACAACUUCAGCAUGGCGGCUCUAACUGAACACCCAUCUCUGGCCGGUCUCUCAAGUCCACUUACUCCAGACGGCAUGGCGAGCACAUCCCAAGUGGGGCCCCUGGGCGCGGGCCACCGCUGCGAGGUGUGCGGCAAGCUGCUGUCGACGCGGCUCACGCUCAAGCGGCACACGGAGCAGCAGCACCUGCAGCCGCUGCACUCGGCGCGCUGCAGCCUCUGCCACAAGGUGUUCCGCACCCUCAACUCGCUCAACAACCACAAGAGCAUCUACCACCGGCGCCAGCGCGGCGUGCCGCCGCCGCCCGCGCAGCCGCAGAACCUCACCACCACCCCCGACAAGCUCCCCCCGCCGCACAACAUCGACUUCUACAAGUUCAAAGACCAGUUCAACGUCUAAACGCGUUCUUAAUUUAAAAGGUAAUAUUUUCUUUUUAAAUAAUAAUUAAUUAUAUUUUCCCCCGGGAUUCGUUAUUAAUAUUGAUUGAUAUAUUUAGAUUUUUCCUUAUACAUUUAUUUUUUAUUUAAAAUGAUCUUUGAACUUGUAGAAGUUGCAACGGGGAUCGAUCAUGACAUGAAGCAUCACAAUCGAUGAUCUAUUCGAAAUGACGGCUUUCGACAUUCCAAUUGUUACACGGGAGGGCGAACCAGAUCGAGUUCUUUAUUCAAAAUUGUUAAAUUUAUGUUCUGUCGACAUCGACGCCCGAAGAGUGCAAUACUGCGGCAUUAUGAGAAAUUCCUGAAUUUUUACUCUACGUUAAUGUGUGACAAUAAGGCGAAGAGAAAAAUUAAUAUUUUGAGAAAAGAUAAAAAUCUUGGUGCUGUAAAUUUAUAUAUUAGGCUUAAAUUUAUAAAAAUGAAUGAACAGUGUUCGUGUAAGUAACAAAAGAGGCAUAUUGUUUUCAAUAUUGUGUUCAUUUUUGGCGUUUUGCAAUUUAUUUAUUUCUGUAUUUUAUCUGCUGAUCUCACUCUUAGAUAUUUAUACGAGAUUACUAAAAUGAUAUAUAAAAUAUACGCAGAUGUAUAAUUGGCUUAUGAGGCUUGAAAUUUACUCGUUAUGUUUAGGUGUUUUUGUUCAUUGAAUAUAAGACUGAAUGAUCAUAGCACCGAUAGAGAGGAUUGUGGAAUUGUUUUGUUUCAUAAAAAUUGUAACCGCAGAAAGCACUGUACACAGACAACCGGACUCAACAUUACGGACACAGACUUCGCUGGCCGACUCUACUAUAUUCUCGUAUAAGUUUGCACAUAUCCACUACCCA